AUGUCUCAACUCUUACUCAGCCCUAACACUCUUCCUAAUUACACAUUCCAAGAUGGAGUUCUGAGGUACAAAAAUAAGCUCUACAUAGGUGAAGGGAGUGAUGUUAGAGCCAAACUCUUGCAUUCCUUACAUGAUUAUGCCAUUGGGGGACAUUCUGGAAUUCAAGCUACAUCUGUGAGAGCCACAAGUCAUUUUUAUUGGACAUGUAUGCAUAGAGACAUAGUUUCCUUUGUGUCCCAGGGUGAUGUUUGUCAGAGAAACAAAGCUGAUCACACUAACUCUGCUGAUUUGCUCCAACCACUUCCUAUCCAUGAGCAUGCAUGGCAACAUAUUACCAUGGAUUUUAUAGAAGGAUUUCCUGUGAGCAACAUGAAGAGUAUCAUCUUGGUGAUUGUAGAUAGGCUGACAAAAUAUGCUCACUUCUUAGCUCUACAACAUCCAUACACAGCUGCUUCUGUAGCUCAUGCUUUCCUCAAUCAAGUGGUCAAAUUACAUGGGUUGCCUUCUUCAAUUGUGUCUGAUAGAGAUAAGGUCUUUACAAGCAACUUCUGGUAUGUACCUCCUCACCUUGCUUUUCCUUCUGCUACUACAACCUCAGUUGCUGCAGUUGAGACCUAUUUGAAUGAAAGAGCUUCUCUACUGGAUAUAUUCAAGGAGCCACUUCAUAAAGCUCAAGAGAGGAUGAAGCUAUAUGCUGACAGGUCCGGAACAGAUAGAACUUUUGAAGUUGGGGACCUGGUCUACCUCAAACUUCAACCUUACAUACAGUCCUCUCUGUCGUUGAGGAAGAAUUUUAAACUCUCAUCCAAGUAUUAUGGUCCUUUUCCAGUCCUUCAACAUAUUGGCAAAGUUUCUUACAAGUUGGAAUUACCAUCACACUCCCGCAUUCAUCCUGUGUUUCAUGUUUCUCAUCUUAAGAAGCACAUUGGUCAGAAACACACUCCAGCACCAUCUCUUCCAGUGGUUGAUCAUGAGGGACAAAUUAUCAUGUUACCUGAAAAUACUUUGGGUACCAGAUCAAUUCUACAAGGAGACAGGGUAGUCAAACAGGAAUUGAUCCAAUGGACUAACUCAUUCCCAGAAAAUUUUACAUGGGAAGAUCUCUCUAACAUUCGCACCCACUUUCCAAAGUUCAUCCUUGAGGACAGGGAUUUUUUUCAGGGAGAGGUAAUGUCACAGUGUGCAUAG